AGCAUGGACUCGUCGGACCUGUCAGAUGGGCCCAUCACACUACAGGAAUAUCUGGAGGUGAAGAAAGCAUUGGUCUCCUCAGAGGCCAAAGUUCAGCAGCUCAUGAAGGUCAACAACAACCUGAGUGAGGAGUUGCGGAGGCUUCAGAAGGAGAUCACGCGGAUGCAGAUGGAGAACAGCGCGCUGCGGGGGGCCCAGGCUGGGGCCGGGGGUCCUCUGACUGGGGGUGGUGGCCCAGGGCUGUGGCCUGGUAGGGUAAGGGGUACGGGCAGUGGCGGAGGGGUAGGUGGAGACUCCAGCCUAAAUGCACCCUCGUCUGCCCCCCACCGCCGGGAUAGACAAGCUUUCUCUAUGUAUGAGCCCGUGGGGACCACCCCCAAAGCUCACACCCCAGCCCUGGACCCCCUGACGGGCCGCCUGCAGCCUCUCAGCCCCGUAAGUGUGAGCAUUAGUGGCCGGCCUGAUCUUUUUAAACUUCCUUUUCCUGUCGGGCUCUCUUUCUCCCUCUGCUUACCUGAGCCCACACUGAUGUGCUGCUGCUUACUCACUGCUCUUUACCGCCACCUUAUGGCCAAACAGGAGCACUUCCUGCCCUGAUAACACCUUUCUUUUUCUAGAUAUUGGCUGUCUCUCCAAACUCAGUGUGCUGCCUAAAUCAACAGCAUUUUUUAGCGUCAUGGGUCUCUUAUACACCUGGGUAGGGUUGCACCAGCCAUUCGUAAAUUAGAACAUUAAA